AUGUUGAAUAUGACUAUCAAGAAACAACUAAGAUCCAUCAGUUUACCUUCAAGAUCGCAUCCGAGCACGAGAGAGAUCGAGGAAGCUCUAAACAAGGUUAAAGCGAUUGACACCACGUCGGGUUCAUCAAAAUCAAUCUUGACGGCAUUGGCUGGUUUGGAGGAGCUCUAUACUUGUACGGAGGAGUUUCUAAAAAUGGGUUCGACGCAGCGUGUUAUGUCCUCUGAUGGAUCAGAAUUUAUGGAGGAGAUGCUUGAUGGGUCUUUAAGGCUAAUGGAUAUAUGCAACAUCUCUAGAGAUCUCAUGGUGGAGACUCACGAACAUGUUCGUGGUGUUCAGUCAUGUGUCAGACGCAAGAAAGUAGCCGGAGGAACUGAUCAACUAGAUGUAGCUGUCUCUGGCUAUGUCAGAUUUAGAAAGAACAUGAGAAAAGAAGCUAAAAAGCUUCUUGGGUCAUUGAAGAAACUCGAUGGAGGGUCGACAUGUCCAUCGUUGGGGGAAAGUGAUGGCCAACAAGAUGAUCAUCUUGCCGCGGUUAUCGAAGCGAUGAGACGAGUAGUUUCAGUUAGUGUGUCGGUGUUGAAGUCGUUCUUGGAGUUCUUGUCGGGACGACAAAGUAAUAUUAAGAGCAAGUUGACUUCGGUACUAAAGAAAAAGAAGGAUCAUCAUGAAGAGACGAAGAACGAGUUGGAGAGUUUGGAUUCCGCAAUAUGCUGCUCUAGUGAUGAUCUACAAAAUAAGCUUGAGGAGUUCGAGAUGAGCAUUGAUGGAUUUGAGAAGUAUCUAGAAGGUUUAUUUCGAAGGUUGAUAAGAACACGAGCCUCGCUUCUCAACAUAAUCUCUCAUUAA